AAGCCACUAAGAGAUUUUCAGUUUAGUAUGUCUGCUUGCACUUCCAAAGAUUAGUUCAUUGAUUUUUCCUUAUAGUUUCUUGUGUUAAUGAAUCCUGUUUGGAUCCAGUGUAUCAUCAAUCAUGGAGCUCUACCUUGUCUUUUGAACCUGUUGAUGAAUACUUAUAAAAAGAGUAUCAAGAAGGAAGCUUGUUGGACAAUCUCAAAUAUUACAGCUGGAAAUAAGGAACAGAUUCAGGCUGUGGUAGAUGCUAAUAUAAUUGGUCCACUUGUUCACCUGCUUCAAAGUGCUGAAUUUGAUAUUAAGAAAGAAGCUGCAUGGGCAAUCUCAAAUGCUACAUCUGGUGGAACUCACGAGCAAAUCAAGUACCUUGUAAGUCAAGGUUGUAUCAAACCCUUGUGUGACCUUCUUAUCUGCCCUGAUCCAAGGAUAAUCACAGUUUGUUUAGAAGGUCUUGAAAACAUAUUGAAAGCGGGAGAAGCUGACAAGAAUUUGGGCAAUAAUGGAGGAGUUAAUCUUUAUGCACAAAUGAUCGAUGAUGCUGAAGGGUUAGAGAAAAUUGAGAAUUUACAGUCUCAUGACAACACUGAGAUCUAUGAGAAAGUUGUUAAGGUUCUUGAGACAUACUGGUCAGAUGAGGAUGAUGGGACAUUGCCCCCAGGGGAUGCUUCUCAAUCUGGAUUCCAAGGGGCUGAGUUUAAUGUUCCUGCAGGUGGAUUCAAUUUCAGCUAGAGGAAUACAUUGGGUCUGUCCUUGGAGCGAUGAUGUUACAAAGUUUUAAAUUCAAGUGAGGCCUCUGGGUGUCCUUCUAAGUGCUCUUUGAGUGAUCUGUGUUAUCAAUGUACGUUUUGAGCAGGUUCGUAGAAAGUAGCGAGGGAAAAAGAAGGAUUGAUUAGCUGGCUGAUUUACUGCUACAAUAAAGAGGAGAUUCAAGUGUUUUAUUUUUUAGUGCAUGUAAAGCAAAAUGGUUUGAGUCCUGUUUGUUGAGUUUGUCAUUGUUGUGGUGUGGGCGUUUCUCCAAAUAGCUUCUUGUAUUGUUAUUUUGACACUCCCUCUACAUCCACCUACCUUCUUGUCAUAAGUAAGCAUCAUAAGAUUCUUUUUGCCUUGGAAGGGGGUGAACUUUAUUAUAAGAAUGUUAUUGUCAUUAUACUUUUGAGGAAAUAUAUGUGAGAGAGAUUGGUUGUUGAAGUAGGAAUGGAAGCCUCUUGUGUUCCUGAAGAGGAUGAGAAUAGUAUUCACCAUUGAUUGUAUAUAUUAUGUGUGUUUGUUUCUUCUUUAAGUUGUAUGUUCUAAAGAAAUUAGAAAAGAGAUGGUGGGACAGGUUGUUGAAGCAGGAAAGGAAGCCUCUUGUGUUCUUGAAGAGGAUGAGAAUGGUAUUCACAAUUGAUUGUAUAUAUUAUGUGUGUUUGUUUGUUCUUUAAGUUGUUGAUUGUAUCUCAUGAGCCAACAAAACCUAUUCAACUUC